GCUUAGGAGAGUUUAACUUGAACUUAGUCGCCCUAAUAAAUAUUACGUCCUUCUUACCUUCUCAUAGAUCUGUACACUUUGGGUUGGAGUUAGUAGCGCGAUUCGCAUUAUUGGUUCUUAAUUGCCUACAAAUUCCAAUCCUUCAACUCCCAUCCAGUACAGACUAUUAAUAUCUUACCCUUUCAAAACACAGAACCGCGCUCACCUCCUUUCCACCGCCCACCGUCCAUCGCCGACCGCCGACCGCUGACCCGUCAAUAUGAGUAACUCGAUGAGAGACUUGAUUUCGGGCGAGGCCGAACUCGAUGACGAAGAGGACGAUGAAUCCUUUGACGAAGAGACCGGCGAGACUCGAGAAAGAUCCCGAAAUCGAGGCCAGGAAAUAGAUGAUUCAAGUGAAGAGGAUGAAGAUGAUGAUGACGAAGAAGAGGCACGAAAGAUCCGUGAGGGCUUCAUUGUCGACGAGGAUGAAGAUGAAGACGAAGACAUGGUCGGAGAUGAGGACGAGCGGCGCAAGCGAAGAAAGCGCAAGCGCCGACAGGAGCGUGAAGAGGAAGCUCAAUUAGAUGAAGAGGAUUUUGAUCUAAUCGGCGAGAGCAUUCCCGAAUGGGAACGCAAGCAGCCUUCACAGGGUAAAUUUAAGCGGCUCAAGCGUGGCCAUCGCGAUGAUGAUACCCGUGGAACUGAGCGACGCGGCCUCGACGAUAUGUUCUCCGACGAAGACGAUGAGCUUGCCGAUGAACAUCCGUACGCACGACCAAGUCAUCGCGCCGCCGCGGGCGAGUUCGAUGAUUUUAUUGAGGAGGAUUUCCCUGAAGAUGAAGACGAACGCAUGCGCCAGAUGGAGGAUAUGGAAGUUGCCCGUCCGCGAGACAAAGGCAUAGCGGGACGAAUCGUCGACCGGGCUGGGCUAGAUAAGGACGCCCUUGAGGACAUGGAAGCUAUCUUCGGAAACGGAGAGGACUACCAAUGGGCUUUGGACGAGGAAGAGGAAGAAGAGGAGCGUCAGAGAGAAGAGCAGACUCUCGAGCUGAAGGAUGUGUUUGAGCCCUCGCAAUUAGCGGAGAAGCUUCUGACUGAUGAAGAUAACGCCAUUCGUUUUACAGACGAACCCGAACGAUUUCAGCUCGACCGUAAACCCUUCAAACAUCUCAACAUCCAGGGUGAACAGUUUAAGGAUGAAAUUCAGUGGAUAGCUGAUCUGAUGUGGCCGAAAAAGCAACUGUCUAGCGACUUGCAUAGUCCUUUUCAGAAGGCUGUCGGUAAAGUGCUUGAAUAUUUUGUUCUUGAGGAUCUUGAGGUGCCCUACGUCUUUCAACAUCGCAAAGACUACCUCAUUCAUGCUCGGAAAACUCGAAAUCCCGACCAUCGCGAUGACCCCGAAGCGCCAGAGUACAUUGUUAACGCUGAGAAGCUUCUUACACAGGACGACCUCUGGCGUAUACUUGAAUUGGAUAUCAAGUACCGAUCCCUUUACGAGAAGCGCGGUGUCCUUGAAAAGACAUGUGAUAAUCUACGAGAAGUCACGCAGGUGAACGACGAUAUGAUCCCGGAAAUGCUAAGUCAGGCCGUCACGAUGGAGGAGCUUCAAGACCUACAGGACUAUAUUAACUUCCAAUAUGCCUCGCAAUUAAAGGAUAUCGCUGCCAUGAACGGUGUGGUUAAGGGGACUAAACGUCCUGGUGCAAAGUCAUCCGUUUUCGAACGCGUCCGCAAAAGUAAUGCCUACAAAUUUGUUAAGGCUUACGGCAUCUCUCCCGACAGGCUAGCACAGAACGCUCUCCGUGAAGGUAAGAAGAUGAUUGCAGACGACGAGCAAAGCUUGCCAAUCGACCUCGCGGAUCGCCUCACCGAUAGCGAUUUCCCUACCGGUGACCAAGUUCUGUACCAAGCAAGGCACAUGUAUGCCGAGGAGCUAUUCAUGAGCCCAAGGAUGCGGAAACAUUUCAGACAGAAUUUCUACAGGAUGGGCGAGAUCAGCUGCUUUCGAACUGAAAAGGGACUUCGAAGGAUUGAUGAGUCUCAUCCUUAUUACGAGAUAAAAUACCUUAUCAACCAGACAAUCAGUGACCUCGCGCGUCGACCAGAACUAUUCUUAAAGAUGAUGAAAGCAGAAGAGGAAGGGCUGAUUGAGGUCAGACUCCGACUCCAGAACGAGAAAGAGUUCCACCGCCAGCUGCAAGCGGAAUUCGUUUCAGAUAACUACAGCGAACUUGCAGAUGCUUGGAACGAGGAACGUAAGAAGGUCCUCGACAUUGCGUUCGCUAAGCUUGAGAGGGUGAUAGCUAAGGGAGUCAAGGACUCGUUGCGAACAGCAUGCCAGGAAGAGCUCCUUAAGCUGUGCCGCGAGGAAUACUCUAGGCGACUUGAUCAAGCUCCCUACAAGCCAAAGGGAAUGGUGUUGGGUACUACCCCGCGUGUCCUCGCCUUGUCAAACGGCAUGGGCGAUCCAGCUCGAGACCCUGUCUUCUGGGUCUGGGUUGAAGAAGAUGGGCGGGUCAUUGAGCACGGCAAAUUUGGAAGCCUUGCUCGCGACGAGUCGCAGCGCGAGGCCUUCGUCGAACUAGUUGAACGUAGAAAGCCUGACGUAAUUGGCGUUAGUGGUUUCUCGACCGAUACCCAUCGAUUAGUUCGUGAUGUGGAAAGUCUAGUGAACGAGAAAAAUCUCACAGGUCCCGAAUUCCCAGAUCCGGAUUCUGACGACUACCGCAGCGAGCUGCUGGAGGUCGUAGUUGUUAACGAUGAAGUCGCAAGGCUGUACAAAGAUAGCCCUCGGGCACAAGCUGAUCACCCGACUUUGACGUCUAAUACGCGGUACUGUGUCGCUCUAGCCAGAUAUCUUCAAAAUCCCAUGAAGGAGUAUGCCGCCCUCGGCAAGGAUAUUACCUCUCUAUUAUUCAAUCCUUGCCAACACCUGCUUCCUCCGGAGAAGUUACUGAAACAUCUCGAGACGUCGAUGGUGGACAUGGUAAAUCUCUGUGGUGUCGAUGUUAACGAGGCUGUCGGUGAUGCAUAUACAGCCAACCUACUACCGUACAUCGCAGGUCUAGGUCCCCGCAAGGCCACAAGUGUUAUCAAAGCUAUCAACACCAACGGUGGUGUCGUUAACUCGAGAGACGAACUUGUUGGCGACCCGGACAACAACAAGCUCCCAGUGGUUGGCCCUCGAGUUUGGAAUAAUUGCGCCAGUUUCCUUUAUAUCGAAUAUGAUGCUACGAACCCCUCAUCGGAGCCGCUAGAUAAUACACGCGUCCAUCCUGAAGAUUACGAACUCGGUCGCAAAAUGGCAGCAGACGCCCUCGAGUUAGAUGAAGAGGAUGUGAAAGCUGAGACUGACGAGAACGGCGCCGGCGCGAUAGUCCGCAAGCUGUUCCGAGAGGAUGAGCAGGAGAAAGUCAACGAGCUUAUCCUGGAAGAAUAUGCCGAACAGCUAGAGAAGAACUAUAACCAACGGAAACGGGCCACUCUGGAAACCAUCAGAGCAGAACUACAGGCACCAUACGAAGAACUCCGUCGAAAUUUCAGCCCUCUGACUCCCGACCAAGUAUUCGUCAUGUUUACGGGCGAAAACAAGGAAUCGCUGGCAGAAGGCAUGAUCGUCCCGGUUAAUUUACGGGUGGUCAAGGAUGAUUUUGCUAUUGCCAAGCUCGACUGCGGUAUUGAAGGCCGAAUCGAAUCCCACGAUGUCAGUCACAGAAGCAACGUAUCGAUUAGGGAUGUUAUCCACGUCAACCAGACUGUUCAAGCCAAGAUUGUGGAUCUCAACCGUAAAGAAUUCCUUGCGAAGCUCACGUUGCGCGAAGACGCACUUCGGCGACCCUACAAGAAACAUAACGACCACGAUCGUGGUACUUGGGAUUUUAGACAGGAAGACGACGAUAAGGAUGCGCUACGAGAGAAGGAUAAGACAACGGGUCGCACGCAGCGAGUGAUCAAGCAUCCGUUGUUCAAGCCGUUCAAUUCUACACAGGCAGAAGAGUUUUUGGGCUCUCAGUCGUCGGGCGAUGUAGUUAUCCGACCAUCUUCAAAGGGUAACGAUCAUCUCACGGUCACCUGGAAGGUCGCAGAUGGAGUCUAUCAGCACAUUGAUGUCCUUGAACUACAGAAAGAGACCGAGUUCUCAGUUGGGAAGACGCUUCGCAUUGGUGGUAAAUAUACGUACACCGAUCUUGACGAACUAAUCGUGGACCAUGUCAAAGCAAUGGCAAAGAAAGUCGAUGAAAUGAUGGGCCACGAGAAGUUCAAAAAGGGCAGCGUCGCAGAUGCCGAAAAAUGGUUGACAUCGUACUCGGAUGCUAAUCCGAACCGCUCGAUCUACUUAUUCUGCAUCAAUCCCAAACGUGCUGGAUAUUUCUAUCUAUGCUUCAAGGCAAGCAAGACCUCGCGAAUCAACAUGUGGGAUGUAAAAGUGGUACCCCACGCGUUUGAGAUGAUGGGAUCCCAAUAUCCGCAUAUGCUUGCUCUCUGCAACGGCUUCAAGCUUAGAUUCAAUAGCGAGAUCAGCAGGUUCCAGCAGAUGAGAAGAUGAAGGAACCGACAAUGGAUACUUUACUACUCAUCCAGUUACAUGUAUCACUAGGGUGUUGGUUUGGCAGUUUAGCUACGUUUUACUGACGAGAAUGAUGGCAGCCGCAUAGAACUCCGGAUAGGCUGAUGGAGUCGGAGUAUUCAUACUGCGAAGACCCUGCGACAUUCGUAUCUCGUGGUUGAGUAAAGCAGCUUCAUACUAGGUCGAGGUACUUAAUUGAUCCGAGAAAUAAAAUAAAAAUAUUUCCAUUACCAACG